UUUUUAAUAAAAUAUAAAGAAUUAGGUUCUUAAAAUCAGAAAUCGUGCGCCGCCCAGUCCUCACCCUCGUCUUCUCCUUCGUCAGAUCGUCUUCGACGCCUCGUCUGCUCUCCCUCGUCUUCUCCUUCGUCAGUUCGUCUACGACUCUACUCAGCCAACUUCUUCCGUUCUUCGUCUUCUCAUUUCCUUCUUCUCCUCCGAUCUCCUCGUCCGUCAGCGAUACGCUUCGUCCCUCUUCUUGUUUCAGCUUUCGAUUUCGAUUGCCAUCGUAACAGGGUUGGGCGGCACAGAGUUGAAUUUCUAGUAUUUUCUGAGUAGAACGUGAUUCAAGUCAAUGGAUGACUGGGAGGAUGAGAACAUUCCACCACUCCAGAAGGAGCAGCCAAAAAAUAAAUGGGAUGAUGAGGAUGUGGAUGAAAACGAUGUGAAGGAAUCCUGGGAGGAUGAAGAUGAACCUGCACCAGCUCCAGUAGUUAAACCUACUGAAGCUGCCCCAAAGAAACCAGCUUCAAAAGCUACUGAGAAGAAAGGGAAAAUUGUUGAGGUAGAACCUGAACGGCCUCUAGAUCCAUUAGCUGAGAAACUUCGGCAACAAAGGCUAGUGGAAGAAGCAGAUUACAAGUCCACUACAGAAUUGUUUAGAAAGAAAGGCGAUGAGAAGACUCUUGAUAAUUUCAUUCCAAAAUCUGAGAGUGACUUCUUGGAAUAUGCAGAGCUAAUCUCUCAUAAACUUCGCCCCUAUGAGAAAAGUUUCCAUUAUAUUAAUCUGCUCAAAGAUGCCAUUAGACUAUCGAUGGUUUCUUUAAAAGCAGCGGAUGCAAAAGAUGUUGCUUCUUCUAUUACCGCCCUUGCAAAUGAAAAACUAAAGGCCGAGAAAGAAGCCAACACUGGUAAAAAGAAAUCUGUGAAGAAGAAGCAGCUUCAUGUUGAAAAGGCAGAUGAUGACUUGAUCGUCAAUACUUAUGAUGAUGUCGAUGAUUACGAUUUUAUGUAAUUGCUCCAAUUCAGUAUCUAUCUUGAGUCUCAUCAGUUUUUCACCUGCGAAUGGUCAGAUUAUUUGGCAUAUCUUUCUCCUUUUUAAUACAACAAUAGAUUGGUUCCUCGAGUGUCGUGUCUAAAUAAGGUUUAUGUAUUAGACUUGUGUAUGGCAUAUUAUUUAUAAAUUUUGGCCUAUUACCAAAUUUUCAUUUUUAUUUUUGUUCAAUAGAAGAUGGUUAAGAGUCGCCCUUUGAGAAUGUACAAGAACGAGUCGUCAUUAACUCAGUUGUCAAGUUUUGUAUGUCGUGAAAAUGCUUCCUUCUAUUAGAAUGACAUUUUCUUCUUGCAAAA